AAAUGACCUUUAUUGGAGUAUUUUGACCAUCAGUCGCUGUGGCGGCGACUCGAGCCGCUCUCCAAUUUAUGUCUACUUUAGAUAACAGUGGACUUGGCUUAUAUUUCUGCCUCUAACUGAGUGGGAACGGACAGCUGGUCAAAAUGGGAGGAAAUGGGAGCACGGCGAGGAAAGUGUCAUUCGGACUAGACGAAGACGAGAAGGUCACAGUAAUUGAAGGAGUGAAGCUCUCAGAGGAUGUGCUCCGGAGGAUGAGGGAGUCUCGGGGGUCUGACAGCAGCAAGCCGCCGCAGUCUCUGCCGGACAGUCAAAAACCACCACCAAGUGCAAAACCAUCAGGACCGUCUACUAAAGAAAUGCAGGAAGAAAUGCGCAAAAACUUUGAACGUCAACAGGCCAUGGUGAAGGAGCAGUUGGCCAGACUGGCCCAGAGGGAGACAGAGACUGCAGCAGUCACUGGCCUGGAUGAGCUGACCUCUGCCCUCAUCACAGAGAAAGGCAGAUCCUUUGAAGAGCAAGAAAAGGCCAAGAUACUGCUUGCAGAUUUGGAUGUCUGGGCCAGAAAGUUGGAGAUGAAAGAAAAAGAGCUUGCCAGCAUAUCCAGCUUCUAUAAGGAGCAAUUAGAAAUACUGGAGAAAAAGACUUUGGACAACUACAAGGAGGUAGCUGAACAGUACAACCUGGCAGCUUCUAAAGCUGAGGCUCGAAUUCGAUCCCGGCAUACUGCGUUUUUGUGCGCCGAGCUGCAGGCCAAGGUGCUCCAGUGCUACAGAGAAAACCCACAGCAGACUCUUCACUGCUCCAGCCUGGCCAAACAAUACAUGACCUGUGUCCAUCAAGCAAAGCAGAGCGCCCUGACGAAUCAUGGCUGAGAAACUCAAAGAAAGUCGAGAAACGGAGAAGAUCUGAAGGAAGAGAGUGCAUGUCAAAUCUGUCCUUUUUUUUGUGCUUCCCUUUCUAUCAAUCCAUCCAUUAAUUUAGCCAUAUCAAUAAUAAAAAAAUCUAAACUCAGCCUACUUGGUUUUUGAGUGUAUUAUCUUGACUUGUCACUCCAGAGUGUAAAAUGUGUUGAUUUAUUGUC